UCCGCGUCCGCCAGGGUCCAGGAUGACAGUCCGACACCAAGGCCAGCAGUACAGGCCGAGGAUGGCAUUUCUGCGGAAGAUUGAAGCCCUCGUCAAGGACAUGCAGGACCCAGAGAUGGGGGUCAGAGUGCAGAACCAGAAGGUCACGGUCAUCAGCGUCCCUCACGCCAUGACGGGGAGUGAUGUUCUCCAGUGGAUCACCCAGCGGCUGUGGGUCUCCAGUCUGGAGGCACAGAACUUGGGCAACUUUAUUGUCAAGUACGGCUACAUUUACCCCCUGCAAGACCCCAGGAACCUCGUUCUCAAGCCUGACAGCAGCCUCUAUCGAUUUCAGACACCGUAUUUCUGGCCCACCCAGCAGUGGCCGGCUGAAGACACAGACUAUGCCAUCUAUCUGACCAAGAGAAAUAUCAAGAAGAAAGGGGUUUUAGAAGAAUAUGAAAAGGAAGAUUAUAAUUUCUUGAACAAAAAAAUUAACUACAAGUGGGACUUUGUCAUCAUGCAGGCCAAAGAGCAGUACCGGGCUGGAAAGGAAAGGAAGAAAGCAGACAGGUACGCACUGGAUUGCCAGGAGAAGGCGUAUUGGCUGGUCCACCGAUGCCCCCCGGGAAUGAAUGACGUGCUGGACUAUGGCCUGGACCGAGUGACCAAUCCAAAUGAAGAUCAGAAACAAACAGUGGUUUCUGUCAGAAAAGAGAUCAUGUAUUACCGACAGGCCUUAAUGAGGUCCACGGUGAAGUCUUCCGUGUCCCUUGGCGGGAUCGUCAAGUACAGUGAGCAAUUUUCGUCCAAUGACGCCAUCAUGUCGGGCUGCCUUCCUAGCAAUCCUUGGGUAACGGAUGACACCCAGUUCUGGGAUUUAAAUGCCAAACUGGUGGAAAUCCCAACCAAGAUGCGGGUGGAACGAUGGGCCUUCAACUUCAGCGAGCUGAUCCGAGACCCCAAGGGCCGACAGAGCUUCCAGUACUUUCUCAAGAAAGAAUUCAGUGGGGAGAAUCUGGGAUUCUGGGAAGCCUGUGAAGAUCUGAAGUACGGAGAUCAGUCCAAGGUCAAGGAGAAAGCGGAGGAGAUUUACAAGCUGUUCCUGGCCCCAGGGGCGAGGCGGUGGAUAAACAUAGACGGCAAAACCAUGGACAUCACGGUCAGGGGGCUGAAGCAUCCCCACCGCUACGUGCUGGACGCCGCGCAGACCCACAUCUACAUGCUCAUGAAGAAGGACUCUUAUGCCCGCUACUUAAAAUCCCCAAUCUAUAAGGAAAUGCUGGCCAGAUCAGUUGAGCCUCAGGAAACCACCAAGAGAAGAUCGAGCCUCCCGUUCAUGCGGCGCCCCCUGCGCUCCAGCCCAAGUCCCGUCAUCCUCAGGCAGCUGGAGGAAGAAGCCAAGGCUCGGGAAGCGGCCAACACGGUGGACAUCACCCAGCCGGGCCAGCGCGCGGCGCCCAGCCCUCACCUGGCCGUGUACACCGGGACCCGCCUGCCCCCCUCUCCUUGCAGCCCCCGCUCCCCGCGCUGCCGCUCGCCGCGGAGGCCCUUCCCUUCGCCCGGCCGCUUCCUCCGGCGGCCCAGCAGCACCGUCUGCCCCUCGCCCAUCACGGUGGCCUUGGAGGGCUCCCCGGGCGAGGAGCAGAAGCGGGAGGCCGCCCGCAGGCGCGCGGAUGCUGGGACCGGCGGGGCCUCCGCGGACCAGCCCCGGCCCCGGGCCCCUCCCAAGGCCCGCGUGGCCCUGUCCCUCGGCCGGUUCCUGAGACGAGGCUGCUUGGCCUCCCCGGCCUUUGCCAGGCUCUCCCCCAGAUGCCCCCCUGUGCCCCACGGGAAGGUGCAGCCGCUGGGGGACGCGGGCCGGCAGCUGCCACGACCGAGGUCCCGGAGAGCAGCCAACUUCUUCCAGAUCAAAAUGGAUGUGCCUAUGGGGAGCGGGACCUGCCUGAUGGACUUGGAGGACACGGGGACAGGAGAACGGAGUGACCAGGCCAUAGAAAAGGAGGUCAUCUGCCCCUGGGAGAGCCUGGCCGAGGGCAAAGCUAGCUGAGCCCGGGGCCUCGGACUAGGCAGUCGCUCCCGCACACUCGGCUGGAUGGGGCCGCGGGACAUGCUUGCUCUAAACCAAAGCGCAUUAAGAUCAUAUUUGGGGAUUGGAGAGACAAGACGGAUGGAUGAUGGAGAAGAGUGCUGCGGCUGGGCUCCCCCUGGCCAGCCCCUUCCCUCGACCCUGACCCUCGGUCAGAAGAGAGGCAUGUGGACCAGAGGACUUGACUUGCUGCCUUAAAACCGAUAAAAGGUUACCUUGUCAAAGUGUUUUUGGAUUGGAAUGUUAGUGUGUGUCUGGUUUUAUUAGCUAUUUAUGAGAUAAUCUCAAGUCUUCUUUGGUUUUCUGGACCAAGGGAACUGAAUCACUUCCAAGAACUCCCUCCCUGUCUAAACUGGUUUUUCUGUGAUGCUCUCAUCAACGGAGCCCCCCGGGAGGAAGCCCCAGGCUGUGGCAUCACACAGGAAGAGGGGGCUGGGGAAAGGCAUCCUUCUAGAAUGCCAGGUGUGCUCCGAUCCGCCCAGAAGCAGAGGCCAAGAUGGGAUGAGGUGGGCAAGGGGAUUGCUGGGGGAGACACCUGUGAAGGAUGAUGGGUGGAGGCUGGAGAACAGGGGGAGGGCUCUCGGACCACGACCACGGUGCGGGGCUGACCUCUGGGGAGGCGGUGGGCGGGGAGGCAGUGGGCAGGGAGUCUCAGGUGGCGGAGCAUUUCCAAGAAAGUUUUGGCCAGGCUGCCCGGGUGUCCUUGAGCCGGUGUCUUGUGAGAAUGGUUCUGCCUUAGGACCCCCACCAAGCAAGGUCAUUGGCUGGGAGCCCCCGUGGGCAGCCUGGCCCUGGUGUGGACGUGCUGGGGACCCUCAGUCCAUUUGCCCCCUGAGCGCACAUUUUCACGUCCGCUGCACGAACGUAGGAGGCACUUCUGGAGGUUUGGGCCUCGGUGCACCCCGCCCACCUCUCCUCCAAUUAUUAACGCAACACGCCUUGACGGAGCCGCAACAAGCAUUGACGGAGCACCCCCUAUGAGUGCAGUCUGCGCUGAGCCCUUGUGGAGGCAGCUGUGACUUCUCAAUGCGUGGAGUUCAUCUAGAGCACCGGUUCUCAACCAGCGUCCAGCUCUGCCCGCAGGGGACGUUGAGCAGGGCCUGGAGACAUUUUCAGACGCCAUGACUGGGGCGGGGAGCGGUCCUGGCAUCGCGCGGGCAGAGGCCAGGGUUGCUGCUACACAUCCUACAGCGCACGGGGCAGCCCUCACCCCCGACGGAAGAUGAUCUGGUCUCAAAUUUCAGUGCCGCUGUGGAGGAGCCCGGGACUCGAAGCUACGGGUUACGCCCUGUGCUGCUCGACAUUGUCAUUGGUUUCUGCCCAAAGCCCUGAAGUGUUGCCCCAAAGGGUCCCGCUGGGCUCAUACUUGGAUUGGACAGUGGGUUGAGAUUAAGGGUU